AUGCAAUUCAAAUAAGAAUCUUUUGAUAGUGAAUUAACUGAGUAUCUCCAAAUUGAGCAGGACUUUGAAAUUAAAUCCUUGUUUAAACAACUCAAAUUAUAAAAUUAAUAGUUGUCUGAUAGAAAGUCUAAAAAAAUCAAGAAAUUGAAACUAAACAUUCAGACCAAUUCAAUUAUACAAAGAAGAAAUCUAAACGUUAACUAAAUUUGA